AUGGCCAAGUUAAAACCAGCGUCGCCGUAUGGCUGGAGGGCGCAAAGGUAUAGGAAUGUGUGGAUUGCAGUAGCCACGGUCGCUGUCGUGGUGGCCUUAGGCCUCGGGCUCGGACUCGGCCUCGGGCUGGGACUGCAUAGAAAGCAUCGCAGCCCCCCAUAUCCAAAUCCUCCAAGUCCUAAUGCGCUUGCAUACUGCUCCGAUGCUGCUGGCUCGUACAAACUCGCCUAUAUUACCGCCCCGGAACGACUCCAGAGCAAUGGCACUGCUGCGCUGGCGUCAUCAUGGAAUCUUACCGUGGACGACACCAAGGCAGGUUACAAGCAGAUCAUCACGGGCUUUGGCGCCACAGUGACUGAUGCGACAGUUGUCUCCUUUAAUUCGCAGACGAAUGCGACUCAGCAAAGCCUGCUGAGCCAGUUGGUUACCGGCGCUGGCGCCAACUUUUCCAUGAUGCGCCAUUCAAUCGGAGCCAGCGAUCUGUCGCAAAGCGCAUAUACCUACGACGACAACGAGGGCAAGGUCGAUUCUAAUCUAGUAAACUUCACACUGGGCGACCAGGGCACGGCCAUGGCCCAGUUGCUGGCACGGAUGAAAGAACUCAACAGCGGGCUGCAGAUCAUGGGUACGCCGUGGAGUCCGCCCGGAUGGAUGAAGUUGAAUGGCGCGCUCGAUGGCAGCAUCACGGACAACAACCUUGAUGACGGGUAUUUGACCAGCAAAGGGAUUGGGAGCACCGGCCAUAGCCACGCCUUUGCCCAGUACUUUGUCAAAUACAUCCAAGCAUACGCCGACCUCGGAGUCGCGAUUGAUGCCAUCAGCAUUCAGAACGAGCCGUUGAAUAGCCAGGCGGCUUAUCCCACCAUGUACGUGUACUCGGACGAGGCUGGUCAGUUAAUCAGAGACUACGUUGGUCCUGCGCUUGAAAACGCAAAUUUAAGUACUGCUAUCUGGGCUCUCGACGAUAAUACAGAUGAUGUGGACUAUGCCGAAACCGUGCUCGAAUACGCAGACAAGUAUAUUGAUGCUGUGGCGUGGCAUUGUUACGCAUCAACUCUUAAUUGGACUGUCCUGACCGAGUUCCAUAACCAGUAUCCUAACGUUAGCCAGUACAUGAGUGAAUGCUGGACGCCAACCAAUAUUUCAUGGACACACACUGUCAACUUCACCAUGGGUCCACUUCAGAACUGGGCCAACGGCGUGAUGGCAUGGACGCUUGGAACGAACGACGACGCCGGCCCUCAUCUCAACGGCGGCUGCUCAUCGUGCGACGGGGUGGUGACUGUGAAUAGCACUGCUGGUGGUAGCGAUCGCAGCAGCACGGAUGUCGGAUAUGAAUUUAGCACGUCGUAUUAUAUCAUGGCGCAAUUUAGCAGAUUCAUACCGCGGGGCGCACGCAUAUUGCAGGCAAACGGAAGCUACACGAAUGAAAAUGGCGACGGGAUUCAGACGGUGGCCAGUCUCAAUCCGGAUGGCUCGAAGACGGUUGUGAUCGAGAACACAUUCGGAAAUGUCACCAAUGUCACUGUGAGUUUGGUGAGCGGUGAUGUCUGGACAGGGAGUGUUCCGGCAACGAGUGUUACGACGUGGCUUCUGCCAUGA